AAUAAACCGGAAGCAGGUGCGUGAGUGAAAACGAGGCAUUAAUCGUUAGAGGGGUCUGUGUAUUGUGUAAAUGACGUUUGGUCCCUCCCUGUGGCGGCCAUUUUGUGGACCGGUUCAGUACAAUUAACUGUAAGUGUGGUAAUAGACAAACUAGGGAGAGAGUGAGAGAGAGUGAUAAAGAGUUUUAUAGCUGCUUCAAGACACCAGUGGAUUUAUUGUAAUCUUUUAUAAGUCGGCAGAACACACAAAUUCAAAAUGCCUAAGCCGAUCAAUGUACGCGUCACUACUAUGGAUGCGGAGCUGGAAUUUGCCAUCCAGCCAAAUACAACAGGCAAACAGCUGUUUGAUCAGGUGGUAAAGACAAUAGGCCUUCGGGAAAUUUGGUUCUUUGGAUUACAAUAUGUUGAUUGCAAGGGCUAUACAACAUGGUUGAAACUUAAUAAAAAGGUAAACAGUCAGGAUGUGAAAAAAGAAACACCUCUCCAGUUUAGAUUUAGAGCCAAAUUUUUCCCUGAGGAUGUAUCAGAAGAACUUAUUCAAGAAAUUACACAGAAAAUGUUUUUUCUUCAAGUAAAAGAGAAUUUGUUAAAUGAUGAAAUCUACUGUCCCCCCGAGACGGCUGUUUUACUCGGUUCCUACGCCUGUCAGGCUAAAUAUGGUGACUACAACCCCCAAACGCACACAACUGGUUUUCUGGCUAAUGAUCGCAUUCUUCCACAAAGAGUAUACGAACAACAUAAAUUAACUAAAGAACAAUGGGAAGAACGAAUAAUAACAUGGUAUUCAGAACAUAAAGGAAUGUUACGAGAGGAUGCCAUGAUGGAAUAUUUAAAAAUAGCACAAGAUUUAGAAAUGUAUGGUGUGAAUUAUUUCGAUAUUAAAAACAAGCGAGGAACAGAUUUACAAUUAGGUGUUGAUGCCCUUGGUUUAAAUGUAUACGAAAAACAAGACAAAUUGACGCCUAAGAUUGGUUUCCCAUGGAGUGAAAUUAGAAAUAUUUCUUUUAAUGAUAAAAAAUUUGUUAUUAAACCAAUAGACAAGAAAGCACCUGAUUUUGUGUUUUAUGCACCUCGUCUUCGAAUCAAUAAACGUAUCUUAGCCUUAUGCAUGGGUAAUCAUGAAUUAUACAUGAGAAGACGAAAACCAGAUACAAUCGAAGUCCAACAGAUGAAAGCUCAGGCUAGGGAGGAAAAACUCAGCAAACAACAAGAAAGAGCUCAGAUGGAGGCAUUGAGAUUAGAAAGAUUAGAGAUGGAAAGAAAGAGGAAGGAAUUAGAAGAUAAAUUACGCCAGUUGGAAGACCAACAGAGGAAUGAUAGAGAAGCUCGUGAAGAAUUGCAGAAGAAGAGUGUGGACGAUAUGUCAACACUACAACGUAUGGUUGAUGAGCAAGCUCGUGAAGCCGAGUUACUACGACAACAAUUAGAGGAGGCUAAACACAUGGAACAGGAAAGCCGAGAUAAAUUGUUGGUUGAACUUGAAGCUGCCCAGUCGAAUCUAGAGGCCCGAUCAUCCGAGCUAGAGGUUAAACAGAGAUCUAUGGCUGAACUCCAAGAAGAUUUAGAAGCUGCUCGUCUCGCUGCUCUAGAGAAAGAAAAUAAAUUGAGUGAAGUUUUGUUGAAAGACCAGGAGAAAGAAGAGCAGCUGUUGACUUUACAGAGUCAACUUCAUAUUAGAGAAAAUGAACAUGAUGAAAAUGAUGAGGCUGGUUCCCAAUACGGUGCUGAAUUAGAUGUGCAUGAAAAUGAGGAACUUCCCCGUCCUGAAGAAGAAAGAAUAACACAAGCAGAAAAAGACAAACGUAUUCAACAACAAUUAAAGGCCUUAAGUAAAGAAUUAGAAGAAUCUAAAGAAGAAGAAAAGGUUACCGUUACCGACCAACUUCAUGCAGCUAAUGUGAAAGCUGGCCGCGAUAAAUACAAAACAUUAAAACAAAUUCGACAGGGAAACACUAAACGUCGGGUGGAUGAGUUUGAAUCAAUGUGAAUAAAAACUAUUAACUAUAAUAAAAUAUAUAUAUAUAAAUAUAUAACCAGGCCCGUUUCCGUUCAACACAUCAGGAUUUCAAUUGUACAAAAUAAGGACGUAACGGUUUUACAGAUUUUGACGCUGAGUAGUAUGAAUAAUCCUUGUCUAAACAUAGAGUGGACAGCUUAAUACACGAGGGAUCCGUGUUCAAUCGAGAAAAAAAAAUCUUAACUUUUUCAUUUCUAGACUUGAUUGACUGAUUAUCCAAUAUGGCCGUCUGUUCUGAAAUGAUAAAUGCAGGGAGACUUUUUCUUGUUUGAAUUGCAGCCCUCAUUUUGUACAAAUAGUUAGCACUAAUAAGCUGUUUACGAAACUUUUAGAUAUAUCUUUAAUGGAGCGAGCCAAGUAAUAUCGUCAUUGAAAAUCCUGUUCUUUUCCGAUCUUCCACUUUACAUUUCAAUUCAUAUAUCUUUAACAUUUAAUCAAAUUUUUCUUUUUCUACUUUUAUAAAAAAAAAAAAAGAGUUUAAGUCCAGGUUUAAAAAAUCUUCUUAUUGGAUUCAAAAUUGAUAUUAGAUUGGCUCAAAUAGAAAGUUUUGUUUAAACCAAUCUCGAGUUUUACAAAACGAUUUACAAUUAGGAUUAGUUGUGGAAAAGGCCUGAAUUAUUUACUCAUUUCAUCUCCGGAAUCAUUGCUUCAGAUUUCUGUUAGCAAAUUAGGAUGUUUUGUUUUGUAUUGUUUCGGGAAAAUCACAAAAAUUAAUUUUUAUUAACAAUAUAUAAAUAUAUAUAUAUAUAUAUAGAUAGAUGUAUAUGAAAUCUACGCAAAUUGUACAUUCUACUGUUAUCCUUGAGUACUAAAAAUAAUUUAAGUGUGAAGCAAGAGGUUUUCGUAGCAUGUUUCAUAAACAACCAUGAAAUUAUUAUGAAUAAUUAUUGAACUAAAAGAUUUGGUCUUUAUCUCUUUGCAAAAAAAAGAGCCUGUGAUUUUCAAAUAUUUUCAUGAAUAAGACCAUAGACGAAUAUGCAACAAUAAUUUCUUGCUUUACUACAUCUUUUGAAGAUUAAUUGAUUUAUAUUUAUUUUGAAAUUGUCAUGUUUAUUUCUUACGACCAAUUUUAAAUUUUGUAUACUGGGACUAAUUUUUUUUUUUUUUUUUUGAAAGAAAAAGUAUUUUUCUAUUAAAAAUAUUAGAUGAAGCUUGUGAUAUUAAUUUGUAAAAAAUUACAAAACAAUAAAAAGUUUAAAAUGAGAAUAUAUGUUAAUACAAAUAGCAUGUUUUUUUUUGUUUUUUUUUUUAAUUUGUUUUUUGUUUAUAUAGAUGAAUAUAACCACGGUUAUUUAGUUUAGAACAGAUGUCAAAAGGGCUGGGGGGUAUAUUGUGAACUGUUUUUGGACUAGGAACUGGUUGUGCUAGGGCGACUGAUCUUGUUUAAAAGGAACCAAAGGUUCCGUCGACUCAUUCACAAUCAACAUGAAAUUUGGCUUGUUCCUUGGACAAUUGGGCCCUUAGAUUUUUGAUAUGUUUGUCACAAUUCCAAUAUGACUGCGAUGGCAUACUCGAUGGUACUUGUUAAGGACGUGUCACAUCUAUUGGUGACUUUACUUAAGGUUCUGUUUUGAAUUGAGCCAUGGCAGUAAUCGAUAAUUAGUCAUUUGCAUCAAAUAAGUAAAUUUAUGGAGAAGUUGUUUGGUGUUACAGAGAAGAAUAUCUUACUUUGUGUAUGAACCCUGUCAUCACCCUAGCUCUUUUCAUGUCUUAAUGUAUAGAUAAUGAUUUCACAUUAUUCAUUUUUGAAAACGGUUAUAUUCCCUAUGUAUCGACUUCGAAUUUACUGUGAAGAAAUUGGCCUUAGUUUGGAAAUAUUGCCUUCAUUUUAAUUGCCUAUCUCUCUUGGAUAAGAAUUUUUGAAAUCUUGAAAUACCUUUUACAAAAAGAGUUGAACUUGUAAGGACACUUUCAAAAUAGUUUAUUUCAAGUUGAGAGACAUUUUCAUGUGAUGUAUGGUGAUUCAAAAUGUCAAACCAGGAUUUGUCUUGUAGGCAAAUGUUGCUGUAAAUUUUAUGCAAUCGGACAUUUUAAGGCUAAAUUUUGUGUUGUCAAAGAAUAUUUUUGCUAAAAAAAAAUAAAAAAAAUAUGACAAGACUCCACAUUGGGAUGCUUGAUUGUCGGUCUGGAUGCUUCUGAAUUGACGGAAUUGCAAUCGUGUGACGCAGAAUUAAGUUGUCACAGUUCUGUCCGUCUCAAGAAUUGAAGUAGUGACGCAAUUCAAAGUAAAUGUUUUAGCUGUCGUGGUUGGUUGAUAUUUUUUCUUAUCAAUCGGUGCCUGCGCUGUGUUAUCCGAAAUUCCCAUUUUCACUAUUCGUCGAAUUGAGAGAAUUUAAUUCGAGAACGUUCAAUCGAGCAUUCCCAUUAUCUCGAGGUAUUUCAUUCAUUAUUAAAUCUUAAAAUGUUAUAACACAUGAUCUAAAUAAAGAUUAUUUAUAAAGUUUAGUAUAGAAGUAGGCCUGCUUUCUUGUUUAGGUUGAAAAAUUGAGUUUGUGAAUUUCGAAGAGAGAAACAAAAUGGUUUUAUGAAGAAAUUACAUAUUAUUAUUAACCCUAUAUCCAUCUAGAUGAUGUCUAGUAAUAACGAUACAUUGAAUACCUUGACUGCUUUAGUGGACAUAUAAUUUAUUAGAAGUUGAAGCAUUUGCACCAAUGCACUAUGUACACUACACUUUGAUGUGCACAUAAAAGAACCACUGACAGUUGAAAUUUGAAAUAAAGAGUAGGCUGCAGUUCUGCAGUCCAGGAAAAUUUCCCUCAUAGCACACUGUGUGGCGUACACCUGACUUCAUUAUUAGCCAGGUCGGUAUAGGAUGUUAAACCCCAUUUCAUCUUGGCAGCUGACACUAGGGUUGUUUGGAAAUCUUUACACAAAAGAAUGAAGUCAUAUGUCUCGUAGAGCCACUGACAAUCGUGUAUAAUGUGAUCAAUUACACUUCACCAACUCAUGUCCCCAUCAAAUUGUAAAUUGGGUUUCUAAUUAUAACUACAUGUAUCUCAAUACAAAUAGACAUUGUUGUAAACCAGCAUAGAAAUAAAGAUUUUAGUAGUACCUUAUGGGUGUGCUGGAGGUGUGUUAUAUUUACCCUUAAAAACACAGACGAAUCUAUAUCUGACAAAAUGACUUGUAGUGCCUCAUCAUAUUGCCAGAAUUUGUGACUGGUGCCUAAUUACCAAGCUUGGUGUAGCUGUUGGCCUUACUUUUAUUUGUCUUAAUUUAUGCCUGACAUUAUCUGUGACUGGUGCAUUAUUACCAAUCUUAGUUGAAUCCCAAGAUAUGCCUGUUAGCCUAACUUUAAUGUGUCAGCUAUUGCAGUCAAGGUAUCAGUUCUGUCAUAUUAUCUUAAUAUUGUGAAGAUGAAAUAUAUUGUACAGUACUAAAAACCUAGAAUAUUAUAUUUUAUAUAUCGAUAAAUAUACACAAAAAAAGAUGUACAAAAUAUCUUAAUUAAUCUUCAUUUCAUAUUUUAUCCAUUUUUUGUCAUUUUUUUUUUAAAUCCAGAACUGCUUAAUUUCUAGGUUUUUUUGAUAUGUGUAUGAGAAUUAUAUAUAUAUAUAUAUAUUAUAGUGUAUUAUAUAUCUAAAAAAUAGCAGUGGACCAAGGGUCAGUUUCUUAAUAAAAAAUGAAUAAAAUAUUAGUCAUUACCAGUAACAAAAAAUAAUUUAAAGAAUUGAAAAUUACUUGUAAUCUUAUCACCAGUAUUGUCACAAUAACAAUAAAAACGGUCUUACAGUU